UUCUUCCAUCAUGUUUAUGCUUUGGAACCAGCUAGCCAUGGACUAAACCCUCUGCCAAAAGAACUUCUUCUCCUUUAAGUUUCAGGUGUUAGGGACUUGGUCUGAGAAACAGGAAGGUAAAAUGUAACUUUGAAAGUUGUAUCUGUAUUUUCCCUGUAUUUCAACAAAGAAAUUGACUUAGUAAGUGACACAGCUUGUCACUAACCAUAAUAAGCAGAUACUCUAUCAAUUUGAGAUAGAUAUUCAUGUCUUCACAUUCACAGAAUAUGUAAGGAAUACCUUAAAUAUUUUAAAUCUAUUGUUCAGUAGAAAAAAACUUAUUUUUGUAAAACAUUUUGUAUUAAUGAAAAGGUUUUGUUGCUGAAGGAAAUUGCCUCUCACAAUACAAACUAUAAAAUGAAAUUCACUACUGAUGAGAGAUACAGUAGAAGAUUUCCAACUUUAGUGUGAAUCAGUAUCCAUGAAGGAAUUGUUUAUCCAAAGGCUAUUCAACUGCUUCCCAGAGGUCCUGGUUCAUACUGGCAGAGGAGGCCUGAGAAUCUGCAUCCAUGUCAAGGUCAAAAUCAUGUAAAUGGUGCUGGUUUAUGGAAAUAAAGUGAAAAAUUAAGAACUAGGACACUGGAGAAGCAGGAGAGAAGUAAGAGAUCCAGAUCUGGACCCUAUUCCCCAAGAUCUUCAAAUAUUCAUGGGCUGGUGCAUCUCACAGUGCAAAGCCUGAGUUGCGGGAGGACGCAUCAGCCAAAACCAGGAUGGUUCAGCAGCCCCAAACAUGGAAAAACAACUGCUCAAACUGUUCAAGGGCGCCAUCUCACAGGGACCUUUUCUCUCAUGCCCACAGGACGCCCAGCCAGACAGAAUGGCUGCAGAAAAUCACUCUACAGUGACAGAGUUCAUCCUUGGAGGAUUAACUAACAGGCCAGAGCUCCAGAUACCCCUCUUCCUCCUCUUCCUGGGGAUCUAUAUGGUCACCAUGGUCGGGAACCUGGGCAUGAUCACCCUGAUAUGUCUCAACAAGCAGCUUCACACGCCCAUGUACUACUUCCUCAGCAAUCUGUCACUUGUGGACCUCUGUUACUCUUCUGUCACCACCCCUAAAAUGCUGGUCAACUUUGUGUCCCAGAAGAAUGUCAUCUCCUAUGUGGGGUGCAUGUGUCAGCUCUACUUCUUCCUUGUUUUUGUCAUUGCUGAGUGUUACAUGCUCACAGUGAUGGCCUAUGACAGAUAUGUGGCCAUCUGCCACCCUUUGCUUUACAAUAUUAUCAUGUCUCAUGCUCUCUGUUCCUUUCUGGUGGCCCUCGUCUUCACUAUGGGAUUCAUUGGCUCCACAAUAGAGACUGGCCUCAUGUUGAAAUUGAGCUAUUGUGAAAGUUUCAUCAGUCACUACUUCUGCGACAUCCUUCCUCUCAUGAAACUCUCCUGUUUCAGCACCUAUGAUGUGGAGAUGGCAGUCUUUUUCUUAGCUGGAUUCGACAUCAUACUCACCAGCUUAGUUGUCCUUGUUUCCUAUGCCUUCAUCCUGUCCAGCAUCCUCCACAUCAGCUCUAAAGAGGGCAGGUCCAAAGCCUUCAGCACCUGCAGCUCCCAUCUUGCAGCUGUGGGACUGUUCUAUGGAUCCACUGCAUUCAUGUACUUAAAACCCUCCACCGCCAGUUCCCUGGCCCAGGAGAAUGUGGCUUCUGUGUUCUACACCACAGUGAUCCCCAUGCUCAACCCCUUGAUCUACAGCCUGAGGAACAAGGAAGUAAAGACGGCCCUGCAGAGAACACUAAGAAGAAAACUCCUUUGAUGUGAAAUUUAUUGUUCUGUUUCUGUAUAAAAGUAGGUUCUUAGAAACUCCAGAUGGGUGCUCUCUGCAUGGUUACCCAGUUGUGGAUUGGAAAUUGUAAUUUCUCUAUGUAUUGGGGUCCAUCAUUUCUCUUUUUCUUCUCCCUUAACUUGCACAUUUCCAUGAUUAUAUUUGAA